UCGAGUUUGUUUUGUUUUCUUUUUUUGAAAACGCUAUGUUAGUCUGCUAAAAUACUUGAUUAAACUUUUUUUAUUUUAUUUAUAUUAUUCUGAAUUUUCUGUAUUACUUUAUAAGACAGAAACCUUGUUUAUGAAGAAUUUUUUCUUCAUUGAUUCUAAAAAGAAAAUUCCUGUACAUUUUUUUCAUAUCUAGUCAUGGGUGCAAGUACAGUAGAAAUCGGUUGCAGAAUACAUUGUGAUGGUGAAUAUGGUACAGUUCUUUAUAUAGGCCCAAUAUCUGGAAUGGAUGGUACCUGGCUGGGUAUAGAAUGGGACAAUCCAUCCCGUGGUAAACAUAGUGGAUCUUAUAAGGAUGUAACUUAUUUUACCACCAGAGUUCCAAAUGCUGGUAGUUUUAUUAAGAUUUCUAAAGCAGACAAUGGGAUUUCAUGUCCAGCUGCUAUAAGGAUCAAGUAUGGAAAAGCAGAUGAUUCUACUGUGAUACCAAAGUUAAUUAACUUGCCUCAAAAAUCUGGACAAGAAAGACAUAUUGAAAUGGUUGGCAUGGCAAAGAUCAUGGGGAAACAGAGCAAUUUCUCUCAACUGACAGAUAUUGUUCUAACGGGUAUGCUUGUUAAUGGACCUGGCAAAGAGAAUGAAUUAAAAGAGCUUGUACCAAAUGUUAGAGACCUUGACUUAUCACAAAAUUUGUUUUCUACAUGGGAUGCUGUGAAUGGUAUUGUGAAGCAGUUACCAUACCUCUCCAUCCUAGUACUUUCUAAAAAUCGAUUGAGGAUUUUUGAAGGAGAAGAAACAAUACGAGAAAUUUACAAGUCACUAAAAAUGCUUGUUUUAAAUGAUGUUGCAUAUUGCUGGAAAGAGAUUCUAUCAUGUGCUGUUCUGUGGCCUUUUAUAGAACAAUUGUGCGUCUUGGACAAUGGCAUAACAACUUUAGAAGCUCCAACUUUUCCAAUUUUUUCUAAAUUAAAAUUACUUAGUUUAGAUAAUAAUCCAUUGAAGAAUUGGAGUGAAGUAAAUAAAUUAGGUGACUUAAUGAAUUUAGAAGAAAUUCAUUUAGACAAUACAUCCUUAGAAUCUAUUGAAUUUCCAGAUGCUUCUCCUAUUGAAAAAACAAAUUUUUUUCCAAGUUUAAAAGUGCUCUCCAUAAAAAAUAACAGAUUUGAAAGGUGGCAAGAUAUUGGAGAAUUAAAUAAACUGAAAAGUUUAAGGAACCUAAUGGUUAAUAAUAAUCCUAUUAUUCUAUCAGUAAAUCCAGAGACAGCUAGGCAAUUGAUUAUUGCAAAAAUUCAAGGACUUGAAAUAUUAAAUCGAACACAGAUUGAGAGGUCAGAGAAGAGAGGCGCUGAACUGGAUUACCUUAAAAGGUAUCGAAAUGAAUGGGUUACAAAUUAUGGAAAUGGAACUCAGAACAAGCUUUCAGAUUCUUUCAUGACAGAACAUCCUACUUACAUCAUGCUGCUUCAAAAGCAUGGAGCUGCUGAUGAAAAUGAAGUCAAAGAGCAAAGUGCUUUAAUAAAAGAUAAUUUGAUUUGUGUAAAAAUUUUCAGUCCAAACAUGCCUGAUAAGCCUAUGCUAAUUAAAAAAUUACCUGCUGAAAUGACUGUUGGUAAAUUGAAAGCUCUUGUUAAAAGAAUGUUUAAAGUAGCAGCUCAAGAAGUAACACUUACACGUCUAUUUAAAGAAGAUGAAUCUCAAAAAACAGAAAUGGACAAUAACCUUAGACAAUUAUCUUUCUAUUCAAUUUCUGAUCAAGAUAAAAUUGCUGUGGAAUGGUGAAAAUUAAAACAAUUGAAAGCUUCAAAAAACUCUUGCCGUUGUUGUACUAUAUUUGCAUUGCUCACAAAUUUUAUUUUAGCCUGCUUUGUAAAUUAUAUUUUUAUUACUAAUAAAUCAUGUUUUUAUA